CUGGCGGCCAGAGUGUCACACACGCGGCGGUUCGGAGGCGGCGGCGGCGGCGGUAGCGGCAGGCGCCGCCGGGACGGGCACGGGCGCGCGGGCUCAGGCGGGCACCGGCUGCUUCCCUCAGUCACUGGCUUUCCGGCUGCGGGUCCGGGAUCGCCCCAGCCCUCUCGGAAAGGAAGAAGGGGAGGCCGAGAACGCCGACAAGUUCGCUUAUCAGCCGGGGAUCCCGGCCAAGGCAGAGACUGCGCCUCCGACGGGCAGCAGCGCGCUCCACAGCGGAGCGCAGAGCGUCCGAAGCGGGGAGGGGGGUGCCCGGGCCUUUCGCUCUCCGCGGGGCCGUGGGCCAGGAUCCCAUGAGACGCGCCCGCGAGGGGCGCGAGAUCCGAAGACCCGGCGGCGCUCAGCGGAGGCAGAGGGCGGUGCUGCAGCUGCCGGAGCCCGGGAGCGGCCGGCAGGAGGCGGCGGAGAGAACUUGAACUUGGCGUCGGGAGCAGGCGCCCCGGACGCCCCCCGCCGGGGCCGGGGCGCCGAGGGACCUGGGCGGCAGCUGUGCCCCCCGAAUGGCCGCGGCGGUGGACCUGGCUCCCGCGCCGCGGCCCUAGGCGGCCUCUCGACAUGGCCAAGUGGCUGAACAAGUACUUCAGCUUGGGCAACAGCAAGACCAAGAGCCCCCCGCAGCCGCCGCGGCCCGACUACCGCGAACAGCGGCGCCGGGGCGACCGGCCCUCGCAGCACCCCCAGGCCGUGCCGCAGGCCCCCACAGCCGCCUCGGCUUCCUGCGGUCCGGCUGCCGCCUCCUGUUUCUCGGCCUUGUCGGGAUCGCUGCCCGACGACAGUGGCAGCACAAGCGACCUGAUCCGCGCCUACCGCGCACAGAAGGAGCGCGACUUUGAGGACCCCUACAACGGGCCUGGCUCGUCGCUGCGCAAACUGCGCGCAAUGUGUCGCCUAGACUACUGCGGCGGCGGCGGCGGCGGCGGGGAGCCGGGCGGAGGCCAGCGCGCCUUCUCCGCCUCGUCCGCAUCGGGCGCCGCGGGCUGUUGCUGCGCUUCCUCUGGCGCGGGUGCCGCCGCAUCCUCGUCUUCGUCCUCCGGCUCCCCGCAUCUCUACAGAAGCAGCAGCGAGCGGCGCCCGGCCACGCCGGCCGAGGUGCGCUACAUCUCCCCCAAGCACCGCCUCAUCAAGGUAGAGAGCGCCGUGGGCAGUGCCGGAGAUUCCUCGGGGGGCGCCUGCUUGGGCGGCCGCACCUGGAGCCCAACAGCCUGCGGGAGCAAGAAACUGCUCAACAAGUGUGCUCCCUCCGCCGCGGAGGAGAGCGGGUCAGGCAAGAAGGACAAGGUGAUUAUUGCUGAUGACUACUCAGAUCCCUUUGAUGCCAAGAAUGAUCUCAAGAGCAAAGCAGGAAAGGGGGAGAGCGCUGGCUACAUGGAGCCCUACGAGGCCCAGAGGAUCAUGACAGAAUUUCAGAGGCAGGAAAGUGUCCGGUCCCAGCACAAAGGCAUCCAGUUAUAUGACACCCCUUACGAACCCGAGGGCCAGAGCGUGGACUCGGACUCGGAGAGUGCAGUCAGCCCCCGGCUGCGGGAGAGCAAGCUGCCCCAGGACGACGACAGGCCCGCCGAUGAGUACGACCAGCCGUGGGAGUGGAACCGGGUCACCAUCCCAGCUCUGGCAGCCCAGUUUAACGGCAACGAGAAACGACAGUCAUCCCCCUCACCUUCUCGGGACCGGCGGCGCCAGCUUCGAGCUCCCGGCGGGGGCUUCAAGCCCAUCAAACACGGGAGCCCCGAGUUCUGUGGGAUCCUGGGAGAAAGAGUGGACCCCGCCGUCCCACUGGAGAAGCAAAUAUGGUAUCACGGAGCCAUCAGCAGAGGCGACGCCGAGAACCUGCUGCGGCUCUGCAAGGAGUGCAGCUACCUUGUCCGGAACAGCCAGACCAGCAAGCACGACUACUCCCUGUCCCUGAAGAGCAACCAGGGCUUUAUGCACAUGAAACUGGCCAAAACCAAAGAGAAGUACAUUCUGGGUCAAAACAGCCCGCCGUUCGACAGUGUCCCAGAAGUCAUCCACUACUACACCACCAGGAAGCUGCCUAUCAAAGGGGCCGAGCACCUGUCCCUCCUCUACCCUGUGGCUGUGCGGACCCUGUGAGCGGACCCGCCCCGCCCCGCUCUGUGACGGGGGCCGGAGCUGGAGGAGCCUGAGCCCCGCCGACCAGCCUGGCCGCAGUUGCCAGCCGCACCCAGUUCCUGUCGUGUGUCCGGUGCCAGCCGCCACUGCAUGUCUCUAGAAUGCUGUUGCCACUACGGGGGGCUGGAGACGGCCUGGAUGAAGACAGAGGGACGGCCGCCAGCCGCCCCAGCCCCCACCCCCGCCCCCUCCUUGAGUUUCUGUGAAUUAAAAUAUUUGCAAAUCCAAAGAGAUGCCUUCCAGGACGAACAAAGGAGAGCAGCUCCGAGGGGCAGGGCAGGAGCUCCCUGGGCUGCAGCUCUUUGUUCUCCUUGUCGCGAGUUCACACCUGCGUGUGGGGCGCAGUUUUCCCACCGGGCCCCUGGUGCUGGGAGAGCCCCAAGAGGGCCCCCCCGAGGCCUGCCUCCUCUCUGGUGUGGGUGUUUGUGUGUGAGUGUGAGCACAUACGUGAGAGAACACUGUCACACACAGAUGUGAGUAAGCCCACUAAUCCACUCUUAGAGUCAUUCAUUGUAAUCAUUAGAUCUUCAAGGAAUCAUUGUGCGGUCAAAAAGAGGAUUGAAUUAUUUAUGAAUAGGGUGUGUAAAUAAAAUAGUCAUUUAAUAUA